CACAACCCUCCAAACUCCUCAUUUAUCCAAUGCUCACCAGCUCGUCCUGUAAUUGGCACGAACCCAGAAAUCUUAAACCUGCGGCUUACAGCUAGGGCCGAUCGUUGGCCAGACUAUUUACGCCUUUUGGCGGGGAAUGUCACAGGAUACAUAUCGGGACUUCGGGAGUCCGCGACAGGCCGACACCAUGGAAACCUACAAGCUACUAGGCAAGGCGAAUGGCAAAAGGCUAGCGGUCGCAAAGCCUUUCUCAAGCUUUGGGCGUCCUCCCCGUGAUUUCAGAGCCUGCAUGGCGUCCAGUUGGCGUCGAGAAACUUGCGAUCCAACAGCCCAGGGCCCAAUGGGAGAUGAACUAACGCGCCACCGCAGGGGGGAACGCCUAGGCCUUAAUCAUCCCCCGGACACUAAGCUCAUCGAGCUUUUCUCCACUGACGCAACCCAGGGAUGGCGGUUUUCCGUUGCAACGUCGACUGCCUUGCUGCGCUGCUUGGGGAGCAUUUGCCUGGGAUAUUGGGGGCCCCGAAGGCGUUGGAGAGUUAGAGCGCCGGUGAUGGAGGCCGGAGGCGAUGGAGGUUUGGAUGUGUUCCUUGGUGCUCCGGAGAAUCCCCGAGUCCAGACUCCAGAGUGUGCAGGCAUGCUAAUUGCUGGGGAAGAGGAGAGAUUGUGGAGGUAAGGAGGUUGGGAAGAGACGGAGAAGGCACGGCAUGGAAGACACGGCAUGAGGAGAACUGUAAUCUAGAAGGUCUCAGACCUUGAAGGAGUACCGUACCAUACAAAAUAAAAAACUCUAUCCACACAGUAAACAUUGCCUCAGCUUCAAUUUUUCCAUGCUCGUGAUCCUCAAACCGUCUACGGUGUCA